UUUAGCUGUGCAAAUACGUACUAUUGACUUAUUUAACUAAAUUUCUUCGUUUUAUAAUUUUUGUUGACACUGGCCCAUCUUGAAAAUGGAAAAGGAACCAAUCGCGAUGGAAGAGAGCAGACCGCAAGUGUGUAUACAAAAGGUAGAAGUGCAAAACCAACGACUUGUAGACGAUCGUCUGCCCGUGGGAAGAAGCGGUCAUGUAUGUUUAUCGGACAAAGCAAACCUCUAUAUUUAUGGAGGCUACAAUCCGGUAGAAGGUCCAUAUUAUGCUCAGUUCCCCAAUACUAUACCAAAUACCCCGUCAAGGCAAGUGCUGGCAGAACUUUGGAAAUUCAACUACACUACCAAAAAGUGGGCGGAGGACGUUUCCUCUGAUAUUCCACGAGCUGCAGCUUCUUCUUGCGGCACAAUCGGCAACGGCAAAAUCCUAGUCUUUGGCGGGACAGUCUUUCCAUUCGGCCAUGUCAUGAGCAACGAUUUGCAUUUAUACGACAUUAAAUCAAAAACUUGGUCUAAAGUCUCUACGGUCGGUGUGGGCACCGCUGUCCCCAAUAAAGCGUAUGGCCAGAGCAUAUUUCUACAUGGCAAAUACCUCUACGUGUUCGGUGGUGCUGUCAGUUUUUACGCAGAACCUGUAUCAGAGCUGCACAGGUUAGACUUGAAGACCAAGGAGUGGCAGAGCCUCAGUCCCCGGGGGGUGGGACCCAGGGGGAGAUAUAAACAGGAGGUGGUCACAGACAGUCACAGGUUCUACAUCCUAGGAGGCGGCCAUCUUCUGGGAGUUGAAGGCUUGGAUGUACUGUGUACCUUCUCUUUUGAAGACAAUGCUUGGGAGGAAGUCUCCACGCUCCCAGAUAGGCAACAUGGCUACCCAAUGCCCCGAGCGUGUUUCGCCUGUGUCCAGUGGAGGGACGAUGUUUAUAUAUUUGGAGGCCGCCAUUAUGCCGUUCCCCAUACAAACCAGGUGUUAGGUGAUAUCUGGCACCUGUCGCUGAGGUCAAUGCAGUGGACAAAAAUGGGGCGAGAUUUACCAAAGCCAACUUACUUCCAGAGUGCUGCAUCGCCGUAUAAAGGACUUGCAUAUGUGUAUGGUGGAGUCAUUAAUGAGAAUACUAGGACAUCAGAUUUGUAUGAAAUCCAAAUAGGUGUUCUCAGUCUAGCUGAUUUAUGUUGGAGAAGACUGGUUGAUUUGCACCCUGAUCUCUCCUCGUGUGCCAAACAGCUUGCUGACCUAGGGGUACCUCAAGAUUUUAUUGAACGGUUAUGAUAAAUAUUAUCUUAUAUUAAUUAUUAUCCCAUAUAACAGAAAAUCAAUGUUUAAUAUAUAUGUAUUUUUUACACUUAUACCGCAUGUUGUGUACCUAUUCAGGAUUUUUUGUGAAACAGAUCUUCUCAAUCUUUUUUUUUUCAAACAAAUAUUCUAGAAUAUGUAGGGAUUGUUUUUAUUAUCCUUUCUUUUAAUCUAGAAUGGAAAAUGUUCGCUGGUGCAUGGUGCCACUACAUUUUAUUGGAUUGAACUUUCUGUAAAGGGAUAGUUAGCAAUGGGUAUUGAUUAAAAUUUAAGAU